UCUGUCCUUGACACUAUUCAACAAUUAAUUAAUGGGGACUUGCCCAAAUCUCCAAUUCGACGAAGCACAAUGGAUCAUCCGCAUCCGCCGUAUUCUCGACGAGGAGGAGGUCGAAGUCCAUGACAGCCAACCCAUCUCCAUCUUCGACGUCCCCAAGCCCCUCCUGCGCACCAAACCUGAAGCCUACACCCCUCAGCUGGUUGCACUUGGCCCUUACCACCAUCGCCGCGAGGAGCUCCGUGACAUGGAGAUGUACAAGCUCUCUGCUGCCAGGAGAGCCCAGGCUCUCCUCCCAGCUGGUAUGAACUUCCAGCACCUCGUGGCUGUCUUCUCUACGCUACAAUACCAGAUCCGAGCUCACUACCACAGGCAUCUAGGCAUCGGUAACGACGCGCUAGCAUGGAUGAUGGCCAUCGACGUGUCAUUCCUUCUCGAGUUCCUGCAGACGUUCUGCCCGAGCGACGGGCAGCGUGCAGUACCGCAGAGGAUCCCGUCGAGGAUGUCGCACGUGGUCGAUCCGUGUCGGAGGACAUCCUCCCACGGCAUGGUGCUGCACGACGUCGUGAUGCUGGAAAACCAGGUGCCUCUCUUCCUGCUCCUCAGGGCCAUGGAGAUGCGGAGCUCGUCGCGCGCGGCGGCGGAGUCCGCGCUGGGCUCCAUGGUGUCCGGGUUCUUUCAGGAGAAGGAUUCGAUGAUGCCACGGAAGAACAAGAACAACAAGAGCAAGAAGAAGAUGGUGAUGGAUCGCAUCGUUGUCGUCGUCGUCAGAUGA